AUGGAUAUUAACAUGAUUGACUUGAUGGAUUUAGAAGAUUUGGACAUGCUAGACACCACUCGGCGACCUGAUAGACAUCGACAUCGUGUGAAUCCGUUUGAAUUGAGUGACGAAGAUUUAAGGUAUAAGUAUAGGUUCUCAAAACGUUUCGGAGAAAAAAUAGUGGGUAUCUUACGUGAGGAUUUAGUGCACGACCCUCGAGGAUGCCCAUUGAGUCCUGAAAUUCAAGUGGUUUGUGCAUUACGCAACUGGGCUCGCCAUGAAAUUCAAGACGAUACAGCUGAUUUACAUGGUGUGUCUCAACCAGUAGUAAGUAGGACAUGUAAAAAAGUAGCGGAAAUUUUGUCACGGAAGUCCCGAGAAUUUAUUAAAAUGCCUAUUACUUUAAAUGAACAGCAGGAAACCAUUAGGAAAUUUCGCAGUAUUGCUAAUUUUCCUACAGUAAUUGGCGCAAUUGACUAUACUCACAUACGAGUAAAGAAAGUGAAUGCUGAUGGGGGUCAGUUAUAUAUUAAUAGAAAAGGAUUUUCUUCAAUUAAUGUACAGGUGGUUUGUGAUGCUGACCUGAAAAUCAUGGACAUUGUUACCAGGUGGCGUGGUAGUGUACAUGACUCCAGAAUAUUCCGAGAAUGUAGACUAAAACAGAGGUUUGAGGCUGGUGCAUUCUCUGGAAUAUUACUUGGUGACAGUGGCUAUCCUUGUACCCCUUACCUAUUUACACCGCUGCUGAACCUCACAACACCACAAGAAGAAAGAUAUAAUAGGAGCCAUAUCCGUACCAGGAACACAGUGGAAAGAUGUUUUGGUUUGUGGAAGCAACGGUUUCGUUGCCUAUUAAAAGGUAUGUUUGGAGAUAUUGAAACAGCAAAAAAAACAAUUGUUGCAUGUGCUGUACUACACAAUAUGGCCAUCGACAUGAGAGAAGAUGUGUUUUCUGGUGAGAGAGAUAGCAUUGAACAAUAUUCAUCUGAACCUAUAGUACAAAGAUAUAUUGCACCAUCAAUAAGGGGAAAUAUUAGAAGAAGACAGUUUAUUGAAACUCAUUUUCAGUAG